CUAGAAGAUAUGUAUAAGCGGUUUGCCGCCAAAAACAAUAUCUGAACGUUACGUUUCUUGCGGUUUGCUCGUCAGCUUAAGAACCGAUAGAACCCGCGGAGCAUUGGGACCGCCCGCGCAUCGAUAACAAAUGCGACAAUCUGAUAAUCGGUAAUCGGAGAAAACGUGUGAAAAAGCAAAAGGUGAAAAAGCAAUAGUAAGCAAAGAUGUCUGGACGAGAGGGCGGUAAGAAGAAGCCACUGAAGGCGCCGAAGAAGGACUCUAAGGAUUUGGACGAUGAGGACUUGGCCUUUAAGCAGAAGCAAAAGGAGCAGCAGAAGGCUCUGGAUGCGGCGAAGGCGAAUGCCUCCAAGAAGGGACCACUCGUCGGCGGCGGGAUCAAAAAGUCGGGCAAGAAGUGAUAGUCACUGUUAUGCCCACAAGUCAGCACAGUCCCCUUCCGCCAGGAGAACUCAGAGUUGCAGCAUUUUCAGCCAAAACACACACCCAUUAUGAUGACCAAAAUUGAAUGUCAAGCCAGCUGGAAACCACUUCUUUUUAUACUUACGAUUACCAAUUAAAUAGAGCAUUGUACGUA